GACGUUAUACGCGAACUUUGUGAAAAACGGUGUAGACAUAAAGUUUUUCCAACAGAAAAUUUAUCAGUUUUUUAGAUUUCAUUGUUAGAUUUUGCACCGUUAAAUAGUGAAUUUUAUUUGUUACAAUUAAAAAAGUUUAUGGUAAUUUUAGUAAUACGUCGUUGGUAAGGGUCUACCCAUGGUAAUUGUGGUGUAAUCGAUAAACAAGUGAAGGAAUGCUGGAAAAAAAUUUUUUUUUACACAGAUAUAGUUAUAAAAGAAUACAUAGUUUUGUAAAUAAAUAGUUAAAAUUAUUAAAAAUAUAAAGGCGAGGUAUCUGUUUAAAGUUAAAUACAAAAAAUGGCAUGCUGUUCGGUACCGCGGACGCAUUAUCUGUUAAUUUGUUUCUUUCUAUUGUAUCCAAACGGUGCCAAUUUUGUACCAGGAGAAAAAAUCAAUUACAAUCUUGUACAUUCCUGGGCUGAUAAAUUAGGCAUGGAGCUGUUCCAUUUGGGUGACUUCAUUACCAGGCGAAAGGAAGUUCAAGAGAGUUUCAAAGAAGCACAAGUGGUGUCGCGUUCUGGAGCCAAAAUUGUUGAAAACAUGGCGCACGAUGUCAAAAUGAUGAUGGAUUUAAAAAUAAGCGCAGUACGGCGUAUUAUGGAUACGGCGGAGAAUACCGCGCUCUCACAUCAAAACGAAAAGGAGGAUCAGUUUUUUUCCUAUUACAAUGCCAAAGAUAUGAGAGAACCCGAUGAUCCUAUACCAACACCAGCACCUCGGGAGCUGGAUGAUAUGGGCGAACCACAUAUUUUUGUACCGCCCAAAGAGAUUGUUCUAACACCGAAAGCUGAAUUUUUUAAUACGCCAGUCAAUCUGAGCGUCAGUUCAGUGCACGUGCCCUUGAAUGUUUUCGAUCGAGCCAAGGAUGUCAUCAAAUCCAUUCAGUGGUCGGAGAAUUUAGAUCAAAUAUUUCGUGAUAAUUACAAAAACGAUCCAACAUUGUCGUGGCAAUUCUAUGGCAGCUCGACCGGUUUCAUGCGCCAAUUCCCGGCGGCCAAGUGGAAAGCCAAACCAGUCGACUUGUAUGAUUGCCGACUGCGUUCAUGGUAUAUGGAGGCAGCGACAAGUCCCAAGGACAUCAUCAUACUAUUGGACAGUUCUGGCUCUAUGAAGGGACAGAGGCUAGAUAUCGCAAAGAAGGUUGUAAAUACAAUACUUGAUACGUUGGGUACCAAUGACUUUGUGAACAUCUUCACCUUUGGAAAAACAGUAGAGCCGGCCGUCAAAUGUUUUGAGGAUACACUAGUUCAAGCGAAUCUUGGCAAUAUUCGGGAGCUCAUGGAAGGUGUUGACUCAGUAAAAAUUGCCAACAUUGCCAACUUCACUGCUGCAUUGACGAAAGCUUUUGAAGUUUUGGAACAAUUUCGUACGGAAAAUCGCGGCGCGCAAUGCAAUCAAGCCAUUAUGAUUGUUAGUGAUGGCGCUCCAUUUACCUAUGAGGAUGUAUUCGAACAAUUCAAUUGGCGUGAUCUACCAUUUAAACCCGUACGUGUUUUUACCUAUCUAAUUGGCAAGGAAGUAGCCGAUGUUAAGGAUAUCAAAUGGAUGGCUUGUGCCAAUCAAGGCUAUUAUGUUCAUUUGAGUGAUAUGGCCGAAGUCCGUGAAAUGGUACUCAAUUACAUACCGGUAAUGGCGAGACCUCUGGUUCUAGGUAAACAUGAUCACCCUGUUGUGUGGACGCAGGUGUAUGCUGAUGUUAUUGACCCAAAACUAUCCGAUUGGCUGUGGGAAAUGAAGCAGUGCGAUGAUCAACGCGAAGAUGUUUUGGAAUUUCGGCGAGAGGGUUAUCGCAUGCUGGAACCUAACGAAGUACAUAGACGGAUCUAUCAUCGCAAUAAAGCGGCCUGGAAUCAACCACUCGAAUCGGACGUAUAUCAGUUUAUGACUACUGUCUCUAUGCCUGUUUAUGAUCGACGUAUAAAUGCGACAAAAAUUGCGAAUUUAUUGGGUGUUGCUGGCACGGAUGUACCUAUUAGAGAUAUUAAAAGAAUGCUGUCGCCAUUUUUGCUUGGUGUCAACGGCUAUGCAUUUAUUGUAACGAAUAACGGUUACAUAUUGUUCCAUCCAGAUUUUCGUCCAAUUUUCCAAGGCAAUAUCUUAAAGCCCGCUUACAACAGCGUGGAUAUGAUUGAAGUCGAAUUAUUGGACGAUGAUCGAGCACCAAGAGAUUUCAAUCCAGUACUACUAACGAUUCGAGACUCGAUAAUAAAUCAAUCAACAGGUAGUAAAUGGAUGCUAGUAAAAAAUCAUUUCGACGAAAUGAAACGUGUCGCUCGUAUUAAACGGCAAUAUUAUUGGAGAGCGAUACCAAAUACACCAUUUACGCUUGUUAUCACAUAUCCUGAGCAGUAUGGUGUACAUCGUCUGUCCAUACGCGCCGAAAAUGAGAUACACCGCAUGAAUAUUAAAGGUGAUAACUUGUUAAACUACUUUGGUGGCAAACGUUGGAGGAUUCAUCCAACUUGGUUGUAUUGCAAGCACAACAAUAAAACAUUUGCAGCACCGGAAGAGGAGUUAGUCUGGUUUUUGAAUAAAAUGUCACAACCUGGUUGGAGGUGGCCACUAAGUAGAAGUGCAGUGCCGCCCGAACAUGCAGCGCUGUUGUUUUGUGAUCGUCAACUUAUGCAGUCACUUGUCUUCGAUGCGAGAGUUACCGAAUGGUUUUCGAAGAAUACAAGCUUUAAUUCAAAGGACGAUAAAGGAAAUGAAUUCAAACAACGAUUUGGCAUUACUGUGGCAUUUUUGGCAACACAUAGUGGUCUUACAAGAUGGCAGGAGUUCCAUUCAAAUAUGGCUGAAGAAGCUGGCGCUGGCGAGGCAUUCAGCGAACAAAAUAAACGAGCUAUAGACGAGAUGUGGUACAAACGUGCGGUGGAUCAGCGUUUUGUGCAUGAAGACAGCUUCGUUUAUUCGGUGCCAUUUGAUGCGGGAGAUUUUGGAGAAGAAAUCACUGUAACAGCCAGCAAUGCUGUUUUCCACACAGAAGGCGGCAAAUCUGCACCAGCUGCCGUUGUAGGAUUUCAGUUCCACCAUUCCGCGCUGGAGAAACUGUUCCGUAAUAUCACUGGCAAUGGAUGUGCUGUUGAGGACCGCGAGUGCUACGUUAUAGAUAAUAAUGGCUUUAUUAUCAUCGCACCUUAUCGUCAAGAGACAGGCAAAUUCUUUGGCGAAAUGAAUGGCGGUAUUAUGCUACGCUUGGUGGAGGAGAAAGUCUUUAAGCGCGUCAUUGUAUAUGACUAUCAAGCGGUGUGCUUUGAAUCCGAUAGUGAUAUUAAUGCAUCGAAUAGCUUAUUAUCGCCUAUCUUUCACCUUUUACGUGCACUCAAAUGGCUGCUCCAUACAGUGUUGUGGUAUAUUGUGCAACUGACUAAUACGGCCAUUGCCGAAUUUAUGGAUCCCUAUAUUGAUGACGACAUGAAUGACUACCCGAGCAAUUCGAAAAGUACGGAUUGGUUACGCAUGGUGACGUUGCAUCGGACACAGCUCAAAUCGUGCGAUAUGCAACGCCACUUAUAUCUCAUGUACAAUGAGAAGGACAAUGUUGUUUACAAUAUGACAGCUCAUGCAUGUGAACGGCCAUUUGUUGUGCUGCCAAUACCGAAUAGUAAUCUGAUUUUAUUGGUAAUCGAUCAACGUUGUCCACGAGAUACAUCGAUACAAAUGACCGUGGAUCCAAUCAAAAUUCAAUAUCCACUGGAUACAAAUCAAACAUUUGCCUGCUAUAAGAAUGAUCGCGAAUUUUCAAGAGUGCGUCCAGUUAGUUGCAUAAAUAAGCAUAUAAAUGAAAGCUCAAUCGAAUUGUGUGGCGAUGCUGGCUGCAUUUUCAUCAACAUAUUUCUGCUCCUGCUCGGGCAGGCAUUAUGUCAGUAUCUGUAACACUGGCACUUUUAAAUUUGAAAAUUAUUUUUGUAAAUUAACUUGAUUAGUUACUUAUUUUAACUUUCGCUUUAAGAAGUACAUAUGUAUGUAAAAAUGAAACAAAAAAAUGCUACACAUAACUGAGUAUGUUAGUUAACUGUAGUGUAGCUAUGAAUAUAACAUUGUUGAACACUGAGCUUUAAUAACUAGAAGUUACUAGAAACACUCAAAAAGGGUUACAAACUGCACACAUUAGCAUGAAUACAAGAGGUGAAUCUGAAGUUAAUGCAAACCUCUCGGCGGGAGUCUAUUUAUUUCUCCUGCUUUAAGACUCUCGCUGCACCAUAAAUCCGGUGUCUAGUGAAUUUUAAGUUAAAAUUCCGUACCAAAUUUUUUGGUGUUCACACCAAUAUCCAUAUUUACACAAACAACUUAUUUAUAGCUAAAAAGCUACAUACGAAUGUAUCUCGGCUUAAAAUAUUUAUCGAGACGGAGGCAGCCUAGAGUCGACAGCUAAUAAAUACUUUGCGUAAAAGCAUAUUGAUAGUUUGCAGCUUACUUAUGGUGAUUUCGUUUCUUCCAAAAAAUGUUGCCCUUCCCCGGUGAAAAAUGUGUUUGUUGUUACACUUAACCUUGUAAAAAGGCAUGUUUUCGCCUUCUUGUCCUUGUCAAGCUCACGCAUUUCAUAACAUUGUCGUUUUAAACAA